GGGAUUGCUUCGUAAGUUUUGUACAAGUAGCUCACACAAGGCCGAUCAAUAUUUUUUACGAGAAGAGAAAAUAUGCGAGCGCCUAGCCGAACGGGCAUUGUCUUUACGAAAUUCUCGGCCUCGCCAACUUGGCCGGCCCGGUCGAUGGAGUUAAACUUGGCUUCACUCCGUGGAGCAGCAUGAGCUUAAACAGCCGGAGUGCCCGUUUCUCAGCCGUUGUCCCGAGAUUACGCCGAGACCCACCAUCUUCUUGCUUUGAUAAACUCUAACUCCUAGACCAGCGCAUUCCCGACGUGUAAUCCACAGAACCAAUUCUAUCGCUUAUAGGGUGACGCUUCUCACCACGGAAAAUUCAAUUAUCCUUUACUUUUAAUUGUUACCUUGUGAAGGAAACUAGGGACAGAAGUAUUGCAUUUGGAAACCUGGAUGAUUUGUAAUUAAAUUUGUGGACUUUUAGGGUUUAUAGAAACAGAGAGAUUAGGGUUUAGCGAUGGCUGGCAUUGGCGGCACUGGUGUCGCUGCUCACCACGCCUCAAUCAAUUUCACCAAGGGAUUGCACCUCGACGAUGCCGGGCCGCGGAAAAUCAAGAGCAUGCGAUUUAGCACAAUGUCGUCGGAGGAGGUCACCAAGACGGCGGAAGUCCAGAUUUUCGAGCACAGCUUGUACCAGCUGCCGGAGAGGAAGCCUCUUCCUUAUGGAGUUCUCGAUACUCGUCUGGGUACUUCUAACAAGAAGGGACAAUGCACGACUUGUGAUGGGAAGCUAGCCGAUUGUCCUGGGCAUUUUGGCUACAUCAAGUUGGAGCUUCCAGUCUUCCAUAUCGGCUACUUCAAAGACAUUAUAGUCAUUCUUCAGUGCAUCUGCAAGGGAUGCGCUCGCAUUCUCUUGCCAGAAGAAGAGCGGCAGAAAUGGCAACGACGCAUGCAAAAUCCUCGGAGUGAAAUACUCAGAAAGAAGGAAUAUCUCAAGAAGAUCAACGAUCUAUGUAAGAAAGUUCGAGCUUGUCCCAGGUGCGGAGACAUUAACGGCGUCGUGAAGAAGUUGGGCUCAACUCUGAAGAUUAUUCACGAUAAAUAUGCUAAAAACUAUGAAGCGUUCGAGGAAAUGGCACAUAAGUUUGACGAUGCAGUGAAGGUGAACAAGGAGAUGAAGGGGUACAUGAAAAAUAUACAAGAAGAUCUCACACCUCUUAAAGUACUUGGCCUUUUUGAGAAAAUAAUUGGAGAGGACUGCGUGGUUCUCGACCUUGUGGAUAGGCCUGAACAGCUUAUUGUCCAACACAUGCCAGUUCCUCCUGUUGCAAUUCGACCAUCGGUGGAAAUGGACGCUGCUGUUGGGAGCAACGAGGAUGAUGUUACCAUAAAACUUAUGCACAUCAUUGAGCAAAAUAAUCAAAUACGAGCUUGUUUGGAGUCGGGAUUGUCAAUCGCCAAAUGCAUGGAAAUAUGGGACUUCCUUCAGAUUCAGGUUGCUAUGUAUAUCAACAGCGAGCUUCCGGGUCUUCCUCCAAAUAUGCAAACUGGAAAGCCUCUACGAGGUUUUGUCCAGAGGCUUAAAGGAAAACAAGGACGAUUUCGGGGUAACCUUUCUGGAAAGCGUGUAGAUUUCACGGGAAGAACUGUGAUCUCACCUGAUCCGAAUCUUAAGGUGUCUGAGGUUGCCGUGCCAAUUCUAAUGGCUCAAACACUUACGUAUCCGGAGAAAGUUUCUGCUCACAACAUUGAGAAACUCCGGCAAAGAGUUAUAAAUGGCAAGGAAAAGCAUCCUGGAGCAAAUUUUGUUGUGUUUCCAGACGGUGUUAAACGGUUUUUGAAGUUUGGAGAUCGGAAACGGAUUGCAUCGGAGCUCAAGUAUGGAGAUGUUGUGGAAAGACAUCUGGAGGAUGGUGACAUUGUUCUUUUUAAUCGGCAGCCUAGUUUGCAUCGAAUGUCUAUAAUGUGUCACAGGGCUCGAGUUAUGCCCUGGCGUACUUUAAGGUUCAACGAAUCCGUUUGCAAUCCCUACAACGCCGAUUUCGAUGGAGAUGAAAUGAAUAUGCAUGUUCCUCAAACAGAAGAAGCCCGAACAGAAGCAUUGACACUUAUGGGGGUGCAAAACAACUUGUGCACACCCAAGAAUGGCGAAAUUCUGGUUGCAUCUACUCAAGAUUUCUUGACGUCGUCAUUUCUUAUAACCAGGAGAGAUACUUUUUAUGAUCGCGGCCAGUUUGCUCUUAUGUGUUCGUACAUGGGUGACGCCGUGGAGCAUAUCGAUCUUCCUACGCCAGCCAUACUCAAGCCUGUGGAAUUGUGGACUGGGAAGCAACUUUUUGGCGUACUAAUACGCCCGAGUGCACGUAUCAAAGUCUUCUUGAACUUCGUGGUUUGCGAGAAAAACCACAAGAAAGGGACAGAGACAAUGUGCCCAAAAGAUGGCUAUGUCUUCUUUAAAAACAGUGAGCUGAUAUGCGGGCAACUUGGUAAAGGAACCUUAGGUAAUGGAAGCAAGGAUGGCCUGUUUACAGUGUUACUUAGAGACUACGGCGAACAAGCGGCUGCAUCAUGCAUGAAUCGGCUUGCUAAGCUCAGUGCGAGGUGGAUAGGAAAUCACGGUUUUUCGAUAGGAAUUGACGACGUUCAGCCCGGAAGCCGCCUGACCGUAGAGAAGGAGAAGCGGAUUGCGGAAGGCUAUCGAGCGUGCGACAAGCAUAUCUCUCUGUUCAACAAAGGACAGCUUACUCUUCAACCUGGUUGUGAUGCGGCACAGACUUUAGAAUCGGAGAUUACCGGAGAGCUGAACAAAAUUCGAGAAGCUGCAGGGCAGGUGUGCGUGAAUGAGCUCCAUUGGCGAAACAGCCCAUUGAUCAUGUCCCAGUGCGGGUCAAAAGGUUCUGUGAUCAACAUCAGUCAGAUGAUUGCUUGCGUCGGGCAGCAGUCUGUGAGUGGCCAUCGUGCUCCGAAUGGAUUUAUAGAACGCAGCCUUCCACAUUUUCCCCGAAAUGAUAAAACUCCUCAGGCGAAGGGGUUUGUUGCGAAUUCUUUCUACUCCGGUCUAACGGCGACAGAAUUUAUUUUCCACACCAUGGGUGGGCGCGAGGGUCUCGUUGAUACCGCAGUGAAAACUGCUGAAACUGGAUACAUGUCCAGACGUUUAAUGAAAGCUUUAGAAGAUCUUUCAUGCCAGUACGAUGGUACAGUUCGUAAUUCAUCUGGCGUAAUUGUCCAGCUUAUCUACGGGGAUGACUCAAUGGAUCCCGUAAGCAUGGAGGGUCAGAACGGAACGCCCUUGAAUCUGGACCGCGUACUAAUGAAAGCUAAGGCAACUUGUCCACGGGGAGCGACUCCGGCUUUGCCGCCUUCUGAGCUUUGGAAGAUCGUCGAGUCUAAGUUUUCACAAGAUGGUUCAGAAUGCUCUAUGGCCUUUCUGGACUCGCUAAGGAAAUUCUUGAGGAAGGAGUUCGAUACAAUCUCUUCUACAAGGAAAAGACUGUCCUUGCCACUAGAAGACUUUGGUAACUUAGACGAUGAAAAUGUUGCGGCAAAUGUUUCUGGGCUCACUUCCAGACAGCUAGAGGUCUUUCUAAACACGUGCAUUGGUCGGUACCAUAGAAAGAAACUGGAUCCUGGAACUGCUGUUGGAGCCAUUGGAGCUCAAAGUAUUGGAGAACCUGGAACGCAGAUGACCUUGAAAACUUUUCACUUUGCUGGAGUGGCUAGCAUGAAUAUCACUCUCGGUGUUCCUCGUAUUAAAGAGAUUAUCAAUGCCUCCAAAAAGAUCAGUACUCCUAUCAUCACAGCUAAAUUGGUUUCAGAAAACGAUGUGAAGGCAGCUCGAAUUGUCAAGGGCCGUAUCGAGAAAACUGCACUUGGAGAUGUUGCUAAGAGCAUAAAGAUAGUAUUGCGGCCCGGCCAGGCAUUUGUCUCAAUUAAGCUGGACAUGGAUAGAAUUUACUCUCUCCAGCUCGAUAUCAGAGCUGAAACAGUCGCAGAAGCCGUUCUCAAGUUCCCCAAGAUAAAAUCUAUGAAACUCAAGGAACAGCACGUUAAGGUGAACGACGACCGAAGCAUUUCCUUAACAACACCUGAGUCCGACCGGAAAAAGAUGCUGUUUGCCCUUCAUUCACUGCAGAACAUGCUUCCCAAAGUCAUCGUGAAGGGAAUUCCGACUGUUGAGCGAGCGGUCAUAAACCAGGAGAAAGGAAAAUACAACCUCUUGGUCGAAGGCACAAAUCUCAAAGCGGUCAUGGGAACCGAAGGCGUCGACGGGAGAGAAACGACGAGUAAUCACAUCUUUGAGACUGUGGAGGUGCUUGGAAUCGAAGCAGCGCGGAAUGGAAUCAUCAAAGAGAUUCAGUACACAAUGGGAAGCCAUGGAAUGAGCAUCGAUCAACGACACAUGAUGCUGCUCGCGGACGUGAUGACUUACAGAGGGAGAAUUCUGGGGAUCACGAGGUUUGGGAUGGCGAAGAUGAAAGACAGCGUUCUCAUGCUCGCAUCGUUCGAGAAGACGACGGAUCAUCUCUUUGCCGCGUCUGUCCACGGGAGAACCGAUCAGAUCGAAGGAGUGAGCGAGUGCAUUAUCAUGGGAAUUCCAAUGCCGCUUGGCACGGGGCUCUUCAAAGUCAGGCAAAAAGUUGGAAGAAUUCCAAAGCUUGUUUAUGGACCUCCUCCGCUCUUUUCUUGAGAAGAGAGUAAAGACGAACUUACAAGUGAGAUAGAGUCCCUGGGCGGUGGAUAUGAUCAAUGCGGAUGGGAACUUGCGAGAAGAAGGCGUGGAAGGGGUCGUGGUGACGAUGGGGAUGGUGGUGGGAGAAGGCGAUGAUGAAGGAUGUGUUCCUACUUCCGGUUCUCACUCUGCUUUCGGGACUGGACUCGGUUUCUUUUACCUCCUCGCGCUCGCUGCUAUCCGCCUGCAGUCGUCUUGGACGCUUAUGUUCUUGGAUCAUGGCCUGGAGAUGCCAGUUCAAAAUUUUUGCAGUGGUGAAACACCAGUUUGAUCUGUUAUCUCAAGGCGUGACCGAGGUCGAUUCUUUCUUCGAAGGCGAGUGCGAGUUGCCAUCUUAAUGGCCGUAAUGCUCACUGCUCACUCAGCUUUAUAUCACAACAUCAGACAAGGUACGCCAAUUACAGCAAUUUGAAGAAAGCAAAUGAGCGGCAAUGGUCUUUUGAGAAACACUUCAGAGGAGAAAAACAGUGCCUUGUCCCUUUCUAAUGUAAAUAUUCUUUGUACUGUAACACAUUCGGGAGAGACAAGGAUCGUCCUGCCGUCAGUAGGAAAGAGCUUGUGAAGUUGCUCUAUACAGUGAUUCGAAUUCUUUGCUCCUCC